AUGGAUGACGAAGACAUCUUUGCUGCGUUCACGCACCUGAGCCCCGGCCGCGAGGCUUACGAAGUACACGAAGAGGAGGACACGAUGCCGACGCUCAACUCGCCCGUCCACCCCGUCCCCGUCGCGCAGACGCCCGGCAACUUUGUCCGACAGAACUUUCCCGACGUCGUGCACAGGUACAUGCGCUUCUGGCACACGGUCCUGUGCGGAAAGCACGAGAUCGACUUCAUGCAUUGGUUCGAGCCCGAGGUAAAGCUUCUCGCUCGUGGUUCCGGCAGGACAGCUCGCGACCCGCUCUUCUGCACCGCUUCGCCUAUGACGACUCCGCUGUUCCUCAUCGACAACUACUACGUCCAGGGCGCCGGACCGCAGAUUUGGGUCAACGAUCCGGCGGUCUCACCGGUCCACCAGUCGACAGAAGUCUCGGGGCCGUUCCCCGAGCUACAGUGGAGCAGCACGCACCAACAGAUCUACGUAAGGGCAUACGAGGACUGGCGAAGCGGAAGGUAUGGCGGCGGGCAACCCUGGACGGUCGACUCGGCAAUAAGCGACAGCAACUCGUUCACGCUCAAGGGCCACUUCCAUCGGGUCAUUUGGCGGAUGCUGGGACCGUUCGAAGAGACUCGGCACGGCAGGGUUCGGCACGACCCGUCUGCACUUGUCGAGCACGGCGACAAAUGGCGCCCAACCUACACGAUCCACAUCCUCACGCUCUAUCACGGCUCCAAUCUGAACACGCCCUUCCACUUCGCCAUCAAGUUUCUCUCGCCACACGAACCGACCAGUCGCAGCACAGUUGUAGAGCCGCAUAUGCUCUUCAGGCAGCAGUAG